ACCGAAAUAAAAAACCAGAGUGAAAACUAAAACCAAGUAAAUUUGAUUUUUCUCAGAUAGCAGUGAAUCGAACAGCAAGAAUGGCGAUCAGGAACAAGGCGUUUUGGGUUUUAUUUCUCUUUAUUUCAGAAUUUUUCUUAGGAAUAGCAGUAGCGGCAGAUGAAACGAAGGUAGGAACGGUGAUCGGAAUCGACCUGGGGACUACGUAUUCUUGCGUGGGAGUUUAUAAGAACGGUCACGUAGAGAUUAUAGCGAACGAUCAAGGGAACAGAAUCACCCCAUCAUGGGUUGCAUUCACUGAUACAGAGCGUUUGAUUGGAGAAGCCGCAAAGAAUCAAGCGGCUCUCAAUGCAGAACGCACCAUCUUUGAUGUUAAACGUCUCAUUGGAAGAAAGUUCGAUGAUCCUGAGGUUCAAAGAGAUAUAAAGUUCUUGCCUUACAAGGUGGUUAACAAAGAUGGGAAGCCCUAUAUUCAAAUUAAGGUUAAAGGUGAGACGAAAGUUUUCAGCCCUGAGGAAAUCAGUGCUAUGGUUUUGACGAAAAUGAAGGAAACAGCUGAAGCUUACUUGGGGAAGAAGAUCAAAGAUGCUGUUAUUACCGUUCCGGGUAUGGUUAAAAUCUCCUUUUUACAUUGUUCUUGUUAUGUGGAACUACAGAGAGAAGAAUAUGGUUUAAUGGGUUCUGUUCUUUUUUCUGAUUUUGUAGCUUAUUUCAACGAUGCACAAAGGCAGGCUACCAAGGAUGCAGGCACCAUUGCCGGGCUAAAUGUGGCUCGGAUCAUCAAUGAGCCUACGGCUGCUGCCAUUGCCUAUGGAUUGGAUAAGAAAGGAGGAGAGAAGAACAUUCUGGUCUACGAUCUAGGCGGUGGUACAUUUGAUGUUAGUAUUCUGACAAUUGAUAAUGGAGUCUUUGAAGUUCUUGCUACCAGUGGAGACACCCACUUGGGAGGAGAAGAUUUCGAUCAUAGAGUGAUGGAUUAUUUCAUCAAGUUGAUCAAGAAGAAAUAUAACAAAGAUAUCAGCAAGGACAACAAGGCCCUAGGGAAGCUUCGUCGGGAAUGUGAGAGAGCAAAAAGAGCUUUGAGCAGCCAGCAUCAGGUUAGGGUCGAGAUCGAGUCAUUGUUUGAUGGUGUUGAUUUCUCGGAGCCAUUGACUAGGGCAAGGUUUGAAGAGUUGAACAUGGACUUAUUUAAGAAAACUCUAGGACCAGUGAAGAGGGCUUUGGAGGAUGCCAAUUUGAAGAAGUCUGAUAUCAGUGAAAUCGUGCUUGUUGGAGGAAGUACUCGAAUCCCCAAGGUUCAGCAACUGUUGAAGGAUUUGUUUGACGGCAAAGAGCCUAGCAAGGGUAUCAAUCCGGACGAGGCUGUGGCAUAUGGUGCCGCAGUUCAGGGUGGAAUUCUUAGCGGUGAAGGAGGAGAAGAAACCAAAGACAUUCUUCUUCUGGAUGUUGCUCCUUUGAGUCUUGGCAUUGAAACAGUUGGUGGUGUCAUGACCAAGUUGAUCCCAAGGAACACUGUUAUCCCAACUAAGAAAUCUCAGGUCUUCACCACUUACCAAGACCAGCAAACCACAGUUUCCAUCAAGGUUUAUGAAGGUGAAAGAAGCUUGACAAAAGAUUGUCGGGAGCUUGGAAGAUUUGAUCUGACUGGUAUUCCACCUGCUCCAAGGGGAGUUCCUCAAAUCGAAGUCACCUUCGAGGUUGAUGCCAAUGGCAUCCUCCAUGUGACAGCAGAGGACAAAGCAGCGAAGAAGUCACAAUCCAUCACCAUCACCAACGACAAGGGGCGUCUCAGCCAGGAAGAGAUCGAAAAGAUGGUGAAGGAAGCUGAGGAAUUCGCGGAAGAGGACAGGAAAGUGAGGGAAAAGAUUGAUUCCAGGAACAAGCUAGAAACAUACAUAUACAACAUGAGGAGCACCAUUGAUGACAAGGACAAGCUUGCAGACAAGCUUGGUUCUGAUGACAAGGAGCGGAUCGAGAGCACCUUGAAAGAAGCUCUGGAAUGGUUGGAUGAUAACCAGAAUGGAGGGAGGGAGGACUUUGAUGAGAAACUUAAGGAGGUGGAGGCAGUGUGUAAUCCAAUCAUAAAACAAGUUUAUGAGAAAAGUAGUGGCAGCUCGGCUGGAUCAGAAGAGGAGGAUGAACCUACUGAUGAGUUGUAAACUGUUGAGAGCAGAGGAUUAAGAUUCUAUUUUCUUUUUUUUUUC